AUUUCAGAUCCUUUGGGAUGAAGAAAUCGAAAGGGUGGGGCCGGAGCGGGCCUCCCUGGGCCGCGUGGUCUGGAAAUUCCAGAGGACCCGUGUUCUGAUGGAUAUCGUAGCCAACAUCUUGUGCAUUGUCAUGGCAGCCCUAGGGCCGACAGUUCUCAUUCACCAAAUCCUGCAGCACAUCACCAGCGUCUCCUCUGGACACAUCUGGAUCGGCAUCAGCUUGUGUCUGGCCCUUUUUGUCACCGAGUUUACCAAAGUCCUCUUUUGGGCCCUUGCCUGGGCCAUAAAUUACCGCACUGCGAUCCGAUUGAAGGUGGCCCUCUCCACGCUGGUUUUCGAAAACCUGCUGUCCUUCAAGACACUGAGUCACAUCUCCGCAGGCGAGGUACUCAAUAUCCUAUCAAGUGAUAGUUAUUCCUUGUUUGAGGCUGCCUUGUUUUGUCCCUUGCCAGCCACCAUCCCGAUCCUAAUGGUCGUUUGUGCAGUGUACGCCUUUUUCAUUCUGGGGUCCACGGCUCUUGUCGGGAUAUGUGUGUAUAUCAUAUUCAUCCCAAUCCAGAUGUUUAUGGCCAAACUCAAUUCAGCUUUCCGAAGAUCAGCAAUUUCAGUGACAGACAAGCGAGUUCAGACAAUGAAUGAGUUUCUGACCUGCAUCAAGCUGAUUAAAAUGUAUGCCUGGGAGAAAUCUUUUAUAAACACCAUUCACG